CCACACCCUAAGCCCAGGAAACACAAACAUUCGAAGUGAAAGAUACGUUGCUAAAUUUAUCAUAUAGAGCAUGGAAAAAUCGCCUCAUUUUGCACGCGAGGAUUCCCAGGAGCAUCUACCCAGUCCCCACAACACAGUAAACAUGAAGCGUCGCACCCUCGCUGGCAGCUGUGGCGUUGGCGUCUUCAUCUUUGCAUUCGCCUUCAUUGCAAUCGCCUUUGCAACGCCCAGUUGGCUGGUCAGCGAUUAUCGCAUUACGGGCGCCAAGCUGGACAGACUGGGCCUCUGGGUGCACUGUUUCCGUUCACUGCCCGAUGUGAAUGAUGACAGCCAGCGACGUUUUUUUGUCGGCUGCCGCUGGGUCUAUGACCCAUUUACGAAGGGCUACGAUGAGAUUCGAGGAUUCCUGCUGCCUGCCUUCAUGAUAACCACACAGUUCUUCUAUACGCUAACGUUCAUUGGCAUGCUGGUCAGUGCCAUUGGUGUGUUGGUGUUUUUCCUCUGCGCCGGACCUGAUCAGCGCCAUUUCAUCACUCUAAUCCGUGCCGUUGGAUAUGUCUUGUUGGCUGCUGGCAUCAGUGCUGCCAUUGCAGUGAUUGUAUUUGCUGUGUUUGGUAAUCGCAACGAUUGGAUGCCGGAGCAUGCGAAUAAUUGGUUCGGCUGGUCCUUCGUGCUCGCAUGUUUGGGCACUGUGCUGACACUGGUGGCAGCUACGCUGUUCCUCACCGAGGCCGAUGUGCAGCAUCGCAAGCGCUUGCAAUUUAAGGAGUCGCAGACACGAUUUGAGCUUGUGCGUGGCUAGCGCUAGUUGCCUUAUUCUUCCUCCUCCCACCCCCACAAAGUGACAAUAAUUUUCGCAGUACACAAAUUAUCACAACAACACUAAAAACAUUCCGUCCCACGACAGUGCUGCGAAAAAUUCUCACCAUAUAAUUAAAUUUAGUUUUAGUUGGCGAAUACAAAAAAUGAGCCGCUAGUUGAAUGUUUAUGCAAUUGUCAGACAGCUUUCCGCAUUGUCGCACCAUCAUCCAAAGAGACUAUCAGUUGGUACUUAUGAAUCAUCUAAUCUACAGCUUAUCAGCACGCACGCAAUAGCAACGACUGACAGAAUUCGCAAUGCUUCAUCUCAAUUCAACAACAGUAACAACGACAGCAGCUACACAUCAAUGAAGCUUAAUUCUACAAGCUAGAAACUCAAAUGAAUCAUUAUCGCGUGUAUAUCAAUAUUUGCAUACCAAAUUGCGCUCAAUUAACGUACAAGGCUUCCCCCGUCCACUUUCAAUACCCUCCCGUUAAAUUAAUUAAUUUGGUCGUCGCAUGCGUUUAGAACUAGCAACAGAUACUAAAAAAUACACACGUGCCUUAAUUUAGACAGCUCUGCUGUAGUUUAUGAUUAGUUUUUAUAAAACUCUUGUUAGUUUAUAAUACUGCCUGUGCAAGUGCACUGCGACGACUACCGAUUGGAUUGCAUAAACUUCUACUAAUCUAGUGCCUUAGUUAAGAAAUUCGAUGCCCAAAAAAAGAACCAUAGCAUAGGCUAAACGAAUCGAUAACGUCCAAUAUUAUUAAGACAUUCCAUUUUCUGUAUUCGAAUAAUAUAAUAACAAAUGAUUAUAGUGCUUGUCUAACCUGCAACCUGUAACACACUCUAUUUAACAAAUUGUGUACCAUAAUUGCAAAAGUAUUGAAACAUUUUUACCUUUUACAUAUCUACAUGCAUACAAUAUAUAUACAUAAAUAUGUGUAACUUUUUUGUACAAACGAUUUUUUAGCUAAAGCGACGAAUAAUAAAGAUUUUUUUAUUGUAUACAAAUCAAAAAA